ACACUAAACCAAAAAGAAAGCCCCAAUCAUGCUUUUCCAAUUCUAAGCCCUUCCCCUGCUCCCAUCCAUCACCAACUUCAUUCCCCUUCCAAAUUAUCUGUUUUAGUUUCCUCGUGUCUUGACCCUUCACAAGAUGACUGAAUUUUCUUUGGAAUCAACAGCUCCAACCAAGAAGACCACCCAGUUUCCUCCUUGUCUUCUCCUCACUAACUUCAAGCUCUUCUGUUCCUUAAUUCUUUCUCAUCCUCUGUACUUUUCUUACUUCAUUUUCUUCUGUCCUUACCUCUUCAGGGUCCUGUCUUUUCUCUCCCCUUUGUUUAUUACCACCUCUCUCUGGCUUCUUACCCUUUUCACCCUCCUGGUCAAUGAUGGGUCUCCCCUGGAAUUACCGGAAUCCAAGGUCAGUUUCUUACUUGCUACAUACCAAACACUUGUUGAAAGGUUUAGGUCUAAGGUAGAUGAUGAUCAAGGUGAUGACUUUCGAUGCUUUGAGGCACUGGAAGCGUAUAAGAUUGUGUUUGAGAUGUCUGAUCUUGAAAUUGGGGAAAACCCUGUUGAAGUUUCGGAGAUGGAGUCCAAAGAGAGGUGUAUACAAGCCAUUGAGGCUUCUCCAGAGAAGGGUUUGGGGAAUUUGGGGGAGUUGGGGGAGUUGCAUUGCCCGGAGUUUGCUGAAGUGAUUGUGGGAGUAAAGAGCAUGGUAGAGUUCUGGCAUGAAAAGGAGGUGUUUGAAAAUUUGCCACAGACAAAGGGAGAAAAAGAAGUAAAGUCACUAAUUAGCGGAGAGUCCGAGAAAGGUGAGGAAGAAAAAGAAGAAAAAUCCACUAGGAGGGGAUCCAAGGCGAUGGACAAUAAAAUAAGGGAAGCAAAAGUGGGCAUUGAUAAUGCUGGACAGCAUGUUUCAAAAGCAAUGAUGAAUUCUUCUUGGAGGGAAAGAGGUAGUUUUGGUAGUACUGAUGGUGAUGGAUUGGGGACAAAUCUUGGGAGUUUCGGAUCGAUGAGGGGAGAAAAAGAGUGGACGAGGACACUAGCAUGCAAGCUUUAUGAAGAGAGACACAAUGCGGAUAUUGGAGGGGAAGGGAUGGAUUUGCUUUGGGAAACAUACGAGACAGAUUCCAAAAAGAUGCAGCUGAAGAGCAGGUCAAAGAAGGGAAAGAAAGGUAGCCAAAAGGAGUAUUUAGAUGAAGAUGAUAAUGAAGACUAUGAAGAAGAUACAGAUGGGCAAUUCUGUUGUUUGCAGGCUUUGAAGUUCUCAGCGGGGAAGAUGAAUUUAGGAAUGAGAACGCCUAACCUAAUGAAGAUCUCCAAGGCCCUCAAAGGGAUUGGAUGGUUGCACCAUGUUAGCAACAGGAAUGGCAAGAAAGGGCACCGCUGAGGUAGCUUUGAACUUAUGUUAACGUUUGAUAAGCACAUAGCUGAUAUAUGUAUUUUGUCUGAGGAUAAUAAGUACAUAUGUUAUUC